AUGCUGAAGCCACAGGUCAACGGCACCUCAAACGUCGGAUCCUCGCGCAGCCCGCUCUUCGGAAAUCGCGCGGUCCUUGUGCCAGGGUACGGGCCGGCUAAUGUCCUCGCAGGGAGGGUGCCGGCGGGGCCGCGGCGCCACCGGAAGGAGGCGGGCAGGAUCAGCUGCUCUGUCAGGGACGUCUUAACAGAGACCAUGAAACCGGACCCCGGCGCCAUCAAGGUCAGCUGCCUCGUCACCGUCAGGCCGAAAGUCAGCAAUGUGUUAAGCAGCAUGGCCAUUUCCCGCGGCCUCGACGAUAUCACGGACUUGCUGGGGAGAUCCAUCUUCCUCGAGCUGGUCAGCGCCGAUCUCGAUCCUGGUAACUUCUCUCUCUCUCUUCUCCCUCUCUCUCUCUCUCUCUCUCUCUCUCUCUCUCUCUCUCUCUCUCUCUCUCUCUCUCAAUAUUCCUUGAAAGUAUUAAAUGGUGAUCAUGCUCAGGUAAUCCAAUCUCCAUUGUUUUCUUACGGAUCGUUCUUCCUCGAUUUUUGAAGAGACCGGAUUGGAGAAGAGCACCGUCCAGGCCUUCGCGCACAAAUCGAGCCUCAAGGACGGCAAACAGAGGUACGAGGGCUCGUUCCUGGUGCCCAAGGGAUUUGGCGAGAUUGGGGCCGUGCUCGUGACGAAUGAGCACCGCCGGGAGAUGUUCUUCGAUGAGAUCGUCCUCUCCGGCUACGGUGACUCCAGGGUCGUCGUGUCCUGCAACUCCUGGGUUCACACCAAGUUUCAGGAUCCAGAGAAGCGCAUCUUCUUCGUCGACAAGGUGGGUCCGGCACGUAAGAAAACUAUAAUUUUAGAAAGUAAACGUUGAGUAAUAUUGAAUAAAGUACUAUACUACCAUUUCUUACAUAUGCCCCAUAUAAUUCAUAGAAUAUAGGAGUAAGAGUAGUACUCUUCCCCAUUUUAUAAUGUUCAUAACAACAAAGUGUCGCCGUAUAGAGUCCGAAAUGUAGUCGGAGAGCUAUAACUUUUUUGAUGAAAUCGAAGCUAUUGAACAAACUCUAGGAUUGCCCAUACUUUAUGCCUUAAGAGUACUGACAUCUGAAUGAAGAAUUGUCCAUCAAUGUCACUCCAGAGACUAAUUUCGAGAAAAACAUAGUCUAUGCUCAACCAUAUAUUAUUCUCAUUUUUCAUAUGCAAAAUUUGCCUUGUCUCUCUCUAAAAACUCGUAGGGUUUUGACGAAACCAUUCAUUUUGAGAUGUGCAGGCCUACCUGCCUUCACAAACCCCAGGCGGGCUCCUUACUUUGAGGGAGAAGGAGCUCGACAUUCAGCGAGGUGAUGGGCGGGGUGAACGCAAGAUCUUCGAGAGGAUCUAUGACUACGAUACGUACAACGACUUGGGAGACCCGGAUAAGAGCGACGACUUGGCUAGGCCAGUAUUGGGCGGUCAACGUCAUCCUUACCCAAGGCGAUGUAGAACGGGGCGACCAAGAACCAAGAAAGGUACUGAGAUUUCUCAUCAAUCAACGCCGUCGAUGUUGCGCUGUCGGCGCUGCCUCCGAGUUCGUUCUUUUGAGGGUAACCACCGGCUUACGGGAUUUUACAGACCCGCAAUCGGAAAAGAGGGCCAGCGAUAACUACGUUCCAAGGGACGAGUCCUUCUCGGAAGUGAAGGCGGUGUCGUUCUCCGUGAAGACGGUGAGAUCGGUGCUGCACGCGCUCAUCCCCACCCUGGAGAACAUCAUCACCGACCCGAAGCUCGGCUUCCCCCACAUUACCGCCAUAGACAACCUCUUCGACGACGGCAUUGAGCUGCCGCCGGCGGAGAAGAAGGGGUUCCUCCAGACAGCCCUACCGAGUCUGGUGAAGGCGAUAAGCGAAGGAAAAGACGAUGUCCUGCUAUUCGACCCGCCGGCCAUGAUCGAGAGUCAGUCAUCUCCUUCCCCACCACUCCCGUUCCUCCCAUCUCAUUUUUAAAAAUUCACGCAUCACAGUUGAUCCACAAUCUUGGCAGAGGACAAGUUCUCCUGGUUUAGAGACGAGGAGUUCGCUCGGCAAACCCUCGCUGGUCUCAACCCCUUCAGCAUCGAGCUGGUCAAGGUGAGAAGAUGGGCUAGAUUUCUUUGAGGCAGACGAACAUAUCCCAUAGAAAUCACCGGUAGAAACGCUGAAAAUCCCUCACAGCCACGACCACCUUCCGGGUCUCGCAGGAAUUCCCCUUCGUCAGCAAGCUCGACCCACAGAUCUAUGGGCCUCCGGAGUCUGCAAUCACCAAGGAGAUCAUCGAAAGGGAGAUCAAAGGGAUCAUGACUGUAGAAGAGGUAAAACCAUAACCCCCUUCCCCCGGAUAUUUAGAAACGCCAACGGAGCAGCGUGAAGCCCAACUCCGCCCUUUGUACAGGCCAUCGAGAAGAAGAAGCUCUUCAUCAUAGACUACCACGAUCUGUUCCUACCCUACGUCCACAAGGUGAGGCAGCUUGAGGGAACCACGCUGUACGGAUCCCGCACCGUCUUCUUCCUCACCAAGGACGGGACGCUAUCGCCGAUCGCCAUCGAGCUCACCCGCCCGGCGUCCCCGACGGCGCCCCAGUGGAAGGAGGUGUUCACGCACACCUCGGACGCCACCGGCGCGUGGCUGUGGAGGCUCGCCAAGGCCCAUGUCUGCGCUCACGACGCCGGCUACCACCAGCUCGUCAUCCACUGGUAAAAGAUCAUCUUGCGCGUCGUUCGAAUCAGACAGAAUGGCCGAACCUCGGAGAUCGAAAGGUUUCUUCGCUGAUUAUCGAUUGAUGCUGUGAAGGUUGAGGACGCAUGCCUGCACCGAGCCUUACAUCAUCGCGACCAACAGGCAGCUCAGCGCUAUGCACCCGAUAAACAGGCUACUCCGCCCCCACUUCCGGUACACGAUGGAGAUCAACGCCCUCGCCCGGGAGGCCCUCAUCAACGCCGAAGGCACCAUCGAGACCUGCUUCUCCCCCGGCAGGUACUCCUUGGAGAUCAGCUCCGUGGCCUACGACAAGCUGUGGCGGUUCGACGAGCAGGCCCUCCCCGCAGACCUCAUCAAAAGGUACCCGUCACCACCGCCUCCCCCUCCGACCCAGUAAAUCCACCCGUCCUUGUGAUCUGAGAUUGAUGAAGGGAGGGGGUUCCCUUGUUCUUGUAGAGGAAUGGCGGUGGAGGACCCGACGGCAUCAUCCGGGCUCAAAUUGACCAUCGAGGACUACCCGUUCGCCACCGACGGCCUGCUCAUAUGGACGGCCAUCAAGCAGUGGGUCGAGGAUUACGUGGGCCAUUACUAUCCAGACCCCUCCGUCGUGAAGUCCGACACGGAGCUCCAGGAGUGGUGGGAGGAGAUCCGCAACAAGGGCCAUGCUGACAAGAGGAAAGAGCCCUGGUGGUCGGCCCUGAACACGCCGGAGGACCUUGUCGGCAUCUUGACGAUCAUGAUCUGGGUGACCUCCGGGCACCACGCCGCCGUGAACUUUGGCCAGUACCACUACGCCGGCUACUUCCCUAACCGGCCCACAAUCGUCCGCAGCAGAAUGCCGGUGGAGGACGGCAACGAGCACAACCUCAAGCGCUUUUGGGAGAAACCGGAGAGGACGCUGAUGGAGAGCUUCCCCACGCAGAUCCAGGCCACGCGUGUCAUGGCGGUGCUGGACGUGCUCUCCGAGCACUCGGUCGACGAGGAGUACAUCGGCGAUCUGCCGCCGGAGAUCUGGGACGACGACCUGACCAUAAAGGCAGCCUACGAGAGGUUCCGGGGGACGCUGACGGAGAUAGAAGGUAUCAUCGACGAGAGAAAUCAAGACCGCAACUUGAAGAACAGAUGCGGCGCAGGCGUCGUCCCGUAUGAGCUUCUGAAACCCUUCUCCAAACCCGGGGUCACCGGAAUGGGAGUUCCGAACAGCAUCUCCAUAUGA